AUGGACCCAUUUACAUCAAGCCUGGUGCUGUUGACACAGCUGGCUCCAGCCUCGACUUCCACGCUCAACGCUUCCCCUUCGAUAAACAUUGCGGCCGCCACGGGCAAGGUGAAGGCAGCAUAUACUGAGGGACACUUUGUCUGCCUCUACUGCUGGAAGGCAUUCCCUCUACAACGCAUGCUAACCCGCCACCUGAGGUCCCACAGCGCGGUGAAGAGGCACGUCUGCACCUUCUGCGGGAAAGGUUUCAAUGACACCUUCGAUCUGAAGAGGCACAUGCGCACACACACAGGCAUUCGGCCCUACAAGUGUGAGCUGUGUGACAAGGCAUUCACACAACGGUGCUCGCUGGAAUCUCACCUGAAGAAGGUCCACAACGUGCACCAGCACUACGCCUACAGGCAACGCCGAUCCAAGGUGUUUGUGUGCGAAGAUUGUGGCUUCACAUCCAAUCAAGGGGAUGCGUACGUCCUCCACAUCCGAGACCAGCACCCCAGGAGUCCUGCCGUGUACACGUACCUACGCAAACACUCCUCAAUCCACGACAGGAUCAGGAUAUUCUUCCCACACUAUCUGUAAGGAAAUUAUCAAAGACACGGUCGGGUAGAGCUGCUGCCUCACAGCGCCAGAGGCCCGGGUUCGAUCCUGACUGCGGGUGCUGUCUGUACGGAGUUUGCACGUUCUCCACGUGACGUGCUCUGGUUUCCUCCCUCAUUCCAAAGACGUGCGGGUUUGUAGGAUAAUCGGCUUCUGUGUGUGUGUGUGUGGGCGAGAUGGUUGGUCGGCAUGGAUUCGGUGGGCUGAAGGGCCUGUUUCCACACAGUCCUCUAACACUGAAACUUAAUAAAGCGUACAGUGUGUAACAUAAAAAUCAAAGACUAAGAAGUCAGCUUUCGUCAUCGCAAGGAACUACAGAUUGUACAAAGGUAGGGCAAAAAUACUGGAGAAACUCAGCGGGUAAGGCAGCAUCUAUGGAGCGUCACCUAUUCCUUCGCUCCAUAGAUGCUGCCUCACCCGCUGAGUUUCUCCAGCAUUUUUGUAUACCUUCGAUUUUUGCAGCAUCUGCAGUUCUUUCUUAAACAGAUGGUAUAAGCGUGAGCAAAACAUGAUGGUGCAGCGGUAGAGUUGAAUGUUAAAUGGUCAGCUCGACAUCG